ACCCCAACCCAUCUUUCUCUUCACUUUGGAUCUCCCGAACCCUAGAAAGCUUCAGCCAUGGCGUCCUCGUACGACUACGAAGACUCCUCCUCCUCACGCUAUGCCGCCUCGGACGCCGGUUACGAUCCCUCCUUCGUCCCCGAUUCCGUCAAAACCUUUGUUGCCCACCUUUAUCGCCACAUCCGCGAGAAGAACGUCUACGAGAUCCACCAGAUGUACGAGGGUGGCUUCCACCGUCUCAGCGAUCGCAUGUUCCGCGACACUCCUUGGCCUCCCGUCGAGGCCAUCGCUCCCUUUGUCGACAAUGACCAUGUCUUCUGCCUACUCUACCGUGAGAUGUGGUUUCGUCAUCUCUAUGCUCGCCUCUCCCCUACUGCCCGCCAGCGGGUUGAAUCCUGGGACAAUUACUGUAGUCUCUUCGGCGUUGUUCUCCAUGGGGUUGUGAAUAUGCAGCUGCCGAACCAGUGGUUGUGGGAUAUGGUGGAUGAGUUCGUGUAUCAGUUCCAAUCUUAUUGUCAGUAUAGAGCGAAGCUUAUGAACAAGACAGAGGAGGAACUCCAGUUGUUGAGACAGAAUGAUCAGGCCUGGAAUGUGUAUGGUGUGCUCAAUUACUUGCAAGCCCUUGUCGAGAAAUCUAUGAUCAUCCAGAUCUUGGAACGUGAGAAGGAGGGUCUUGAACAGUUCACUUCUACUGAUGGAUAUGAUUAUGAAGGAGGAAGCAAUGUUCUGAAAAUGCUUGGUUAUUACAGCAUGAUUGGGUUACUAAGGGUUCACUGUCCUGGGGAUUACCACACUGGCUUGAAGUGUUUAUCACCGAUUGACAUUAGUCAGCAAGGUGUUUACACUAUUGUGAUUGGAAGCCAUAUUAGUGCCAUAUAUCAUUAUGGGUUUGCAAACCUAAUGUUGAGGAGGUAUGUUGAUGCAACUCGAGAGUUUAAUAAGAUCCUGCUGUAUAUAUUGAAGUUCAAACAGUAUCAUGAGAAGUCUCCUCAGUUUGAUCAGAUCCCUGAAAAAAAGAAUGAACAGAUGUAUGCAUUGCUGGCUAUUUGUCUUUCUUUAUGCCCACAAACAAAACUAAUUGAGGAGAAGGUGAGUGCCCAAUUGAAGGAGAAAUAUGGUGAUAAGAUGCUGAGAAUGCAAAGAUAUGAUGAUGAAGCAUAUGCUGUGUAUGAUGAGCUUUUCUCAUAUGCAUGCCCCAAAUUUAUUACCCCAUCAGCUCCUCUUCUGGAAGAGCCUCUUAUAAACCGCAAUCAGGAUGCUUACAGGCUGCAAUUGAAAUUGUUCCUCUUAGAAGUGAAGCAACAACAAUUGCUUUCUGGACUGCGGAGUUACUUGAAGCUGUACUCAACCAUAUCAAUUGGGAAACUUGCGACAUAUAUGGAAUUAGAUGAAGCAACCUUGAGGUCCCUCUUGAGCACGUACAAGCAUAAAAUGCAUGCGGUCAAUAAUGAUGGAAGUAUAAUCUCCAAUGCUGAUAUAAAUUUUUACAUCGAUGAGGACAUAAUACAUGUAGUGGAUUCUAAAUCAGAGAAGCGGUAUGGUGAUUACUUCUUGCGCCAAAUUUUGACAUUUGAGGAUAUCAUCUCUAAACUUGAUAGAGUAAAGUUCGACUAAGCCAUUGCUCAUAUCUGGGGUGAUUUACUCUUGUCAUAAGUCCUGUUAUGGACUUGUUAAAUUUUUCAGGCAGAGCUUACUCCCCACCUAUGAGGAUUUAUAUGGGAAUGUUUUAUCUUGGUCAUGUGAUUCACUUGGGGAUCAUCAGAGUUUGUGUUUUCUUUUUGCUUCAAGCUGACCUUUAUGUUUGAUGUAAUACUAGAGGUUUGAUAAUUUAUAUUAGCGGUUGUUUUGUUUCUUUUGGAUUGAAUUCAGACAGAGCUGUUCUCUAAUGUAAUUCCCUUCUGUCCUCUCUA